AUGAGAUGGUUGAAGAAGGCUGAUUUCAGGAAAGUUGCACCUCCCCUCGCUGAUUCUCAAAGAAGAAUAGACGCCAUUAGACUCCUUCCAGAGGCAGAGAGAAGUUUCAACCCAUCUCCACCAACUCCAAGCCCUCUUUCAAGCGCAAACAUGUCUGAUUCCAGCAAAGUUCCAGUCUAUCUAGACCUCGACGAACUCGACAGCUAUCCAACUCCAACCAUAGUCAAGAAGGAGGCUCCUGCUGCCACCAGCUCCAAGCCACUCCCAGCUCCCAAAGCCAACCCAAGGACUCGCGCUUCCGCAGCGAAAAAGAGGAAGGGCCUUGAGGUCAGUGCUCCAAGCUCAGGAGGGUUCUCCUAUGACGAUCUCAGCUUUACCGAUUCCUUAGAGCCAAUGACAUCCUUCCUUAACAAGGGCCUCCAGCAUUUGCUCCACUUGUACAAUGAUGCAUGUGGUACCGUCGCACUUCAUGAAGCCAGGAUCAAGCAGCUUGAAACUACUGUUGCCGACCAAGGUGCCAUUGCUGAAGCGAAGAGUCGGCACUAUGAGGAUAAGCUGAAAAAGGUCACUCAGGAUGCCGAGCUCAAAUUGGCCACCAUACAAAUGGAUCAUGAUCAGAACAUAUUAUAA